GGGGAAACGAGCUGUUGGAUCGCGCGCGUGCCCGUGGCCCGGGAGGCGAUCCAUCAAUCGAUCGAUCCAUCCGGCAGUUAAAGCGGGCGGGGCGCCUCCUUUCCCGCGGAAAGAGGGAGCUCCCCCCACCGCUCGUCACCACUAAUCUCUCCUGGCAUCGUUCUCCUCCCUCCCCGCGGCCGGUCACCCACGCCACGCCGCUGCUGUUCUCCCGCCGCGCGCCCCCGGCCCUCAGCCCCUUCUCGCUCGCUCGUAGGUGCCGCCGGAGCUUGCUUUUGGGGAGCAGGUCGUGCGGCAUGAUCUGCUGACCGCCCCCAAAUCAACCCCGCGCAUCGUCGUCGUCCGGCCCGGCGAGGAGGAGGAGGAGAGGAACCAGAAGGAAAUGUCUUGCUGCGGAGGGGCCGAGGAGGACAGCUACGGCCCGCCGGCCAACCAGGCGGCUCCGCCACCCAAUGCAAACGGCCCCGGCAACAGAGGCGGGCCGAGGGGCCCGGGCGCGCCCAGGCCCGGGGGCCCCGCCAAGCCCGUCAGCAUCGACGUGCCCACCAUACCCUUCGACGAACUCAAGAAGAUCACCAACAACUUCAGCGACCGCGCCCUCAUCGGCGAGGGCUCCUACGGCCGCGUCUACAACGCCACGCUCAGCGACGGCCGCGCCGCCGUCAUCAAGAAGCUCGACCCCAGCGCCUCGCAGGACUCCGACUCCGACUUCGCCGCGCAGAUAGCGAUGGUCUCCAAGCUCAAGAACGAGUACUUCGUCGAGCUCCUGGGCUACUGCUUGGAGGAUGGCAACCGCAUGCUGGCCUACCAGUUUGCCACCAUGGGUUCCUUGCAUAACAUCCUACACGGGAAGAAAGGAGUUCAGGGCGCCGAGCCCGGGCCGGUCCUGAACUGGAUGCAGCGAGUGAAGAUAGCCUACGGCGCGGCGAGAGGGCUGGAGUACCUCCACGAGAAAGUCCAGCCGUCGAUCGUCCAUCGAGACAUCCGGUCCAGCAACGUUCUCAUCUUCGACGAGUUCAGCUCCAAGAUUGCUGAUUUCAACCUGACCAACCAGGGGACCGACACCGCUGCCCGGUUGCACUCCACUCGUGUGCUAGGGACGUUUGGGUACCAUGCCCCAGAGUACGCUAUGACAGGCCAAAUCAACCAGAAGAGCGACGUCUACAGUUUUGGGGUGAUUCUCUUGGAGCUACUGACAGGGAGGAAACCGGUGGAUCACACCAUGCCUAAAGGGCAGCAAAGUCUUGUUACUUGGGCCACUCCAAGGUUGAGCGAAGACAAAGUGAAGCAGUGUGUUGACCCCAAGCUCAACAACGACUACCCUCCAAAGGCUGUCGCAAAGUUGGCAGCAGUUGCAGCGUUGUGCGUGCAGUAUGAAUCCGACUUCCGACCGAACAUGACCAUCGUCGUGAAGGCGAUCCAGCCACUUCUAAAUGCUCCUAAACCAGCCGCUCCAGCAGCGCCACAGUCCUGAUUGAUCAGAUGAGAGUAUUAGCCUGCGCAUUGCUGAUUCCUGAUGAACUCGGUUUCCCUCAGCUUCUGAUCGCAGAUGUAUGUUUCAGUAAUCAUGCAUCCUUGCUCCAUCAGUCCAGCGCCUAUGCUUCUGUAAAAAGAAAUACUAAUCUACCAGUACUGCAGGUUACAUAUAGGGAAUUUUGUAAGAUGUUAAUCUGAUACGCUGAAUUCAUGUCCUUUUUCUGUAUGUCUUGUGAGUUUGUGACAUAACGUGUGCAUUUUUUGUAAGUCAA